AUGAAAAAUGGUUGUGUUUUGUUACAUGUUCUGCUAUUUGAAAUUUCACAACCAAACAACUUGAGGGGCACAGAUCAGAGCACAGCAGUUGUCCAUGCAAGUUCACGACCACCUAUCACACCUAUUCACACCACCCAUCACGAUAUCAUCUAUCACAAGUUACACCUGUUACAAAUGAUGGAAAAUGAGAAUGUCAGUGGUUGUGAAGAAGUAUGCUACACUGUCAUUAAUCAUAGGCCCUAUCGGAGACCCUCCCUGAACUCCAGUGAUGAUGGUUAUGAGAACAUCACAAAGACAGUGAGACCAUUAAGAGAAGGGCCAGAAACAGAAUAUGCCCUGCUCAAGAAACCUUGCACUAUCAGGUCUUCUUCCUGUACAGCUGAGAAUGAUUACGAAAUUGUGCUUCCUCACUAGAAUACUCCUGCCUCAUCAUCUUCCAGUAAUAAAGAUGACCAAAUGGUGACCUCCAGGGGAGUCUUUCUCUUUCAGCAGUACAUGCAACUUUUAUUUCUGGCAAGAUUUUAGAAAUGAUAUUCUUUCACUGUACCACAUUAAGAAACUGAAACAUCUCGUCAAUGUG